AUGCCGCUUCAAAAAUCCUAUUCCGACAGUCGAGGCAUAGCAAAGCAUAAUCGGUCACCAUGGCAAAGAUCACAUAGCCAUCCAGACGGGUACCACACCCCAAAGCCGAAACCGCCGAUUCCUCCAUCCGAGGCCACAAAAUCGAAGCUCAGCAAAUUCCGAUACGAGGCCCAGGCUGACGACAAAUCACCACUCGUUGACGAUGACGCCAACCAGCCUCAACCCCGACCUGACCUCGCCGACCUGGCAACACCUGUGACGAGACUGAACUGGCGCGAUUUGGAGCCCCUAGCCAAUGCAGAGGACAACGACAAGGAUGUAUCUCCAAAUGACCGAAUUCUCUGGGACAACAAGCAGAGCAGCAGCUAUGGCUCCGGCUUAUCGCCAAUGCUUGGUCGCAAGGGCAGGAAGCGUGCUAGAAGCUCGUCUCCGACCUCGUCUCCAGCUGCUGAUAGACCGACUGCUCCUGCUGUCAACAUCAAAAGGCUAACCAAAGCUCUACGAUCCCCUCACCCCGAUCCGACGCUAGAGCUCUGGGACAGGUUUUCCCUCGCCAGCCCUGCCAGCCAAAAGAGUCCAAUUGCCCAUCCCGCACUCGCACAACUCAUGGUCUCUUCUUCUCCGCAGCCAAACAAACACCCAGUCUCGCAGUCAGGAAGCAUCAAUUUGCGUCGCGCUGCCAGUUGCGGACUAAAUUGGCCCAAACGAAGAAAGCUCGAAAAGUCCAAAUCAGGAAGCCAGCUUGGAAAAGGCCAGCGCGACCUCGAAGCCGCGUCCAAAUCGUCUCUUGUGUCGGCGCUACUGAGCACAGUCACCAGCAGUUUGCAAGAGGAUAUCUCCGAUGAUGCCCAUCUAGCUAUCGAGUCACCCUCAUCGAGGAAACAGAAGCAAGCCACAGUAGAGGCGUCUCCCGCCUACGUUCCUUGCAAAGCGAAUGGUAAAGAAGCUUCCGGCAAUUCCUCAGAUUAUGGCGACGACGAGUUUGACGACGACGCGCUCAUGGAGCUCGAGUUAACUGCCACCACUGGCUCCGCGACCCAGGAAACGCCGAUAAAACCUCGGAUGAGCAAACCAGCCGCUACUGUCCCGGUAAAAUCAACAUCGGAAGACUUCGACGAUGUGGAUGACGAGCUGUUCGAAAAUGAAGAUCUGGUCCGGCUAUCACAGCAACCAGUUUUGACAGCUGAGCAGACCAAAAGCGAGGCUGUCCAACAGAAGCCAGCAGUAGUUCAUGAAGAUCUUGACGACGAAUUCGACGAUGAUUUUGCGGAAGAUAUAGACUUUGAGGCCGUCGAGUUAGCCGCGACACAAUCUGCUCAACAGGCCAAGGCCGGUGCUGGUCGCGGCAAGAAGGACAAGACUAUACAGCGAUACCUAAUUACCAACGUACUGGACGGUGAAUACAUCGACCAGUACGAAAUUACACGGCCGGAAAAGAUACUUUUAAUAAUGGCGGAUGGCUCCAAAAUUACACGGCAAGUUCAUCUUCGAGGUGCAUGGUACGACACGCCAGCUCAUGCCCAGUCCUACGUGCAUGUCAUUGGCAAGUUCUCUCUCAAAGGACAGUGCAUCGUGGACGAUGCUCAAAAUCUGCUCAUUCUUCACCCCGACCAACUGGUCUCCGCUACCGUGGUUGCCGACUCGUUUGGCUGCAUGCGCCGUGCAGUGUUACAAGAUCGAGUCAAAGCCACUAGCGAAGCAUCUGCGCCCUUGGUAUACGGGACAAUUCUUCAUGAGAUCUUCCAGGACGCUUUACUCGCGAAUAGAUGGGAUCUUCCUUUCCUUGCUCAGUUGAUUGAGAAAAUCACGGAGAAGCACGUCGAAGAGCUAUACACUAUCAAGGUCGGCCUGCCUAGCGCACGUGAGCACCUGCAAUCCAAAAUGUUGGAACUCAGCUACUGGGCCAAGUCAUUUGUUUCCUCGCAACCCAAUAAUGAUGCGGUUGUGGAGGACAGAAACGGCAAAAAGGCUAUCAUGGCUGUAACGAAACUGCUCGACGUCGAAGAGCACGUGUGGUCACCGAUGUACGGCCUCAAAGGCAACAUUGAUGCCACCGUUGAGGUGAACAUGACGGAUGGCAAGCAAUCACGAACAUUAACAGUCCCAUUCGAGGUUAAGACGGGUCGAAAUGCUAGCAGCAGCCACAUGGCACAGACCGCGCUCUAUACCUUGCUACUAUCGGAUCGUUAUGACAUUGAUAUUGCCUACGGGGUUCUUUACUACAUGGAGACUUCAAAGACUAUGCGAAUCCCCGCCGUCCGACACGAGCUACGCCACAUGAUUAUGCAAAGAAACCAGCUCGCCGGCUACAUUCGCGAACGAAGUGUUCAGUUACCGCCGAUGCUGAAGAGCAAGCACAUGUGCGGGCGGUGCUACGCCAAACCGUCCUGUUUUAUAUAUCAUCGUCUGGCAGAUGACGGCGACGGCGAGUCCAGCGGAAUGGACGAAAAAUUCGACGAGCUUGUGAAGCACCUCACUCCACGCCAUCAAGAGUUUUUUGUCAAAUGGGAGAAUCUACUUACAAUGGAAGAGAAAGAAAGCCAAAAGACAAAGCGAGAAUUAUGGACAAUGACUAGUAAUGAGCGAGAAAAGAAGUCGCGAUGCUUCGCAGAUGUCAUCAUCGAAGAGGGUACUGCUUCGGUAGACUCUGACACGCCACGUAUCAAUCGUUUUCACUACACCUUUACCAAAAGAAACCUCGAGCCUGGGUUCUCUUUCUUGGAAUCCGAGAUUGCUGUUGGCGAGCCGAUUGUGGUGUCUGAUGAGGAAGGCCACUUCGCCUUGGCAAUUGGGUACGUCACAGCGGCGCGCAAACAAAGAAUCAGUGUCGCUGUUGACAGGAGACUGCACAACAGCCGAAUCCGCCAAGCUGGUUUCGAUGAACUUGAUAAUCAAGUGUUUGCCAGCAUCAUGGAAGUCGCUCCGGAAGGCGCUUCCGCCGAGCAGAGCCAAGGGCGAAUUAAAGAGGCACCGAUCCGAUAUCGCCUUGAUAAAGACGAGUUCAGUAAUGGCAUGGCUACCGUGAGGAACAAUAUUGUACAGAUCAUGAGCAAUCAAUUCCCUGAAGCACGACGCAUCAGAGAGCUCGUCGUGGACCUCGAAACCCCCCGGUUCAAGUACAUUCCAACUCAGUACACCAUCUCCUCACAAGAAAGCUUGAACGUCGACCAGAAGAAAGCCAUUGAAAAGGUUAUGAGUGCACAGGACUAUGCACUAGUCUUGGGCAUGCCAGGAACAGGAAAGACUACGACAAUUGCGCACAUUAUUCGAGCUCUCACUUCCCAGGGCAAGAGUGUUCUUCUUACAUCGCAUACACACACUGCGGUGGACAACAUUCUGUUGAAGCUCAAAUCUGACAAGAUGAAGAUUCUGCGGCUUGGCGCACCGGCCAAGGUCCACCCCGAGGUGCAGGAAUUUGCAACUCUCGCGGGUCAGCCCAUGAAGACUUUCGAAGAAAUCAAGGAGGCUUGGCAUGGUACACCAAUUGUCGCAACCACUUGCCUGGGCAUCAAUCAUCCUGUUUUCCAAGAGCGCGCCUUUGACUACUGUAUUGUGGAUGAAGCUUCUCAGAUUACUCUGCCCAUUUGUGCAGGACCGAUUCGCAUGGCGAAGACAUUUGUACUUGUCGGCGACCACAAUCAGCUCCCGCCAGUUGUGAAGAAUGAAGCAGCACGCCAAGGUGGCCUUGACGUGAGCUUGUUCAAAUUGCUUUCAGAUAGCCAUCCUGAUUCUGUCGUCAACCUUGCACAUCAAUAUCGAAUGUGCGAAGACAUUAUGACGCUGAGCAACACCCUUAUCUACGAUGGCAAACUCGUUUGUGGCACGGAACAACUACGAAAGAAGAAACUUCAUGUGCCGAAUAUGAGGGCCCUCACGCAGCGACAUCACAACGCUUCAACCGUGCUGCUUCCUGGAACACCUCGAUCGUUCUGCAAAGGCGCCGCGCCGUCCCAAUGCUGGCUUUAUGAUCUUCUGAAAAGUGAAGCCCGCGUCCGUUUCGUCAACACCGACACUAUCAAGCCGAUUGUCCGCGAAGAGGCGCAUGGGAAACGCAUCGUCAACUCAGCGGAGAUUCGUAUUGUAUCUCAGCUAGUCGAGAGUCUGCUGACUGUUGGCAUUCCGGCGAGCGAAGUCGGCGUCAUGACGCACUACAGAUCACAGUUAUUUCUGCUGAAGGACAAACUAAGGGGUUACCCUGGCGUGGAGAUGCACACGACUGAUCGAUUCCAAGGCCGUGACAAAGAGGUCAUUGUGCUGAGCUUGGUGCGCAGCAACGACGCGUGCAACAUUGGUGAACUGCUUCGCGACUGGAGGCGAAUCAAUGUUGCCUUUACCCGUGCCAAAACCAAGCUUCUUGUGAUUGGAAGCAAGAGCACAUUGAGCGGCAGCAACGUCAACAACAAGGAGAACAUGCUCAGUCGUUUUGUUGCUCUGAUGGAGCAGCGCGACUGGAUCUACAAUUUGCCUGCCGAUGCGCUCGAUAGCCACUAUUUUGAAGAGCUCGGCACGCAGGCGACUAGCAUGGGCGGUACGCAAGCUGUGUCGCCACAGAGCCACAAGAAGAAGGCCCAUAAGCCAAAGAAGCCUCCAGCAGCGGCACCCGGAAAAGAAAACCGGCGACCAUCGCCCAGGACAGCGCGCAUUGGUGAGAGAGCGCUGCUCAAGGAUAAGCUGAUUACGAGGGAUAUCCUCAAUGAAAUGACGAAUGGGGCAUAUUAA